UGAUUGGUUAGAGUUUGAGGAUGGACAUCAGGGUAAGCCAAUCAGAAGCGGAGUAGAGCGGCUCUUGUUUUUUUCUGGAAAAAAAUCUUCCCGAACCGGAAGCAGUCCUCGUCAACACGUGUGUGUUUAAAACGGCAGACAACUCUUCCAGGACCAGUCCGCAUUCCGACCACAGUCCGGUACCACAGCACAGUCCACCAUGUUUGAGCAGCUGGGUCUGAUCGGGACGAUCCGAGACGAGGAGGAAAGUCCGGAAGAACCCGACACCGACUCCGACCAGGAGGAUGAGCCGAUCGUCCUGAACAGGAAGAAGAAGUUUGGGAGUCGCGGUGCCAAAGACUUCAACAAUGACUUUGAGUUUGGAGAGAGAGACGGACUGAAUGAUGAUGAUGACUGGGUGAUGUCUGACAUCAUGAAACAACUCAAGAACAAGAGAACUGCGACCACUCUGGACCAGAAAAUAGAGAAAAUCAGGAAAAAGAGGAAAGCUGAGGAGAAAUCAGCUGAGAGUGAUACAGCUGAAGUUUCCGCAGUGAACAACCAGGAGCAUGAUGAUGGUGAUGAUGUAAAGCCCCCUGGUGGAGCUGAUGACGAAGACGAUGAUGACGAAGAGGAGGAGGAUGAAGAUGAGUUUGACUCAGGCGAUGAAGAAAUUCUGACCAAAUCAGACACCCUGCGAGACAAAGAGCGACGUAGGAGAAAGAGGAAGGAGGGAGAGGAGGCCCCAGAGUCAUUUUAUGAAGAUGCGUCUCAGUACAAUGAUAAGCUGACCUUUGGUGACAUGAACCUUUCCCGACCCAUCUUGAAGGCCAUCACAGCUCUGGGUUUCAAGCAGCCUACCCCCAUCCAGAAGGCCUGUGUUCCUGUUGGCCUGCUGGGCAGAGACCUGUGCGCCUGCGCCGCUACUGGGACAGGGAAGACAGCAGCCUUCAUGUUGCCAGUGUUGGAGCGUUUGGUUUAUAAGCCCAGGACAUCUCAAGUGACCCGUGUCUUGAUUCUGGUUCCUACCAGAGAGUUGGGUAUCCAGGUUCACUCAGUGGCCCGUCAGCUUGCACAGUUCACCUCCAUCACCACCUGCCUGGCUGUCGGUGGGUUGGACCUAAAGUCUCAGGAGGCAGCAUUGAGGGCAGGGCCCGAUGUUCUGAUAGCCACACCUGGUCGGCUGAUUGAUCACCUUCACAACACGCCGAGCUUUGAGCUGACUCAUAUCGAAAUCUUGAUCUUGGAUGAGGCCGACAGGAUGUUGGAUGAAUACUUUGAGGAACAGAUGAAGGAGAUCAUCAGAAUGUGUUCCUACAACAGGCAGACAAUGCUGUUCUCUGCCACUAUGUCAGAGGAGGUGAAGGACCUGGCUGCAGUGUCUUUGAAGCAGCCAAUCAGAGUUUUUGUUAAUAGCAACACUGACGUGGCUCCAUUUCUGCGACAAGAGUUUGUCCGAAUCCGACCAAACAGAGAGGGAGAUAGAGAGGCUGUAGUGGCUGCUCUGCUGACUCGGACGUUCCAGGAUCAUGUAAUGUGUUUUACUCAGACGAGGAAACAGGCUCACAGACUGCACAUCCUGCUGGGACUGAUAGGGCUAAAGGUGGGAGAACUACACGGAGAACUGAGCCAGAACCAGAGACUGGAGAAUCUCAGGCGAUUUAAAGAUGACCAGAUUGAUAUAUUGGUGGCAACAGAUGUAGCAGCCAGAGGUCUGGACAUUGAUGGAGUUAAAACAGUGAUCAAUUUCACCAUGCCCUCCACCGUGAAGCAUUACGUUCACCGGGUUGGACGGACGGCGAGAGCCGGUCGUUCAGGACGUUCUGUGUCCCUGGUUGGAGAGUCGGAGAGGAAGAUGCUAAAGGAGGUGGUGAAGUCUGCCAAAACCAGUGUUAAGGCUCGAGUCCUGCCACCAGAGGUCAUCCUUAAGUUCAGAGACUUGAUCUCUAAACUGGAGAAAGACAUUGACGCUGUGAUGAAGCUGGAGAGAGAGGAGAGAGAGCUGGCUGCGUCUGAGGCUAAGUUGAGUGUGGCUCAGAAGCGUCUCGAUGGCUCGGCCCCCAGUCAGUCACAGAGAGUUUGGUUUCAGACUCAACAGGAGAGGAAACAGAGCCGCAUGUCAAAGGCUCUGCAGGAAUUCGAUCUUGCUUUGAGAGGGAAGAAGAAGAGAGAAAAGUUUGUGAAGGACGGCAGGAAGAAGGAGCUGACGUCUGAGGAGCGUGCUCAGUUUGAGAUCCUGAAAGCCCAGAUGUUUGCCGAGCGUGCGGCCAAGAGAGACAGACGACCAAAGAGAGCGAGAGCGAUGGUGGAGGAUGAUACGCCGGCCACAGCAACCAAUCAGAAAUCAGGAAAAGGAGGCCGGAAGUCUGUGUUUGAUAAAGAGCUGACCAACACAAGCAGCAAGGCCCUCAAACACUACAGAGCAGGACCGUCCUUCACAGACAGGAAGCGACUUGGUUUGGACAGGAAGCGUCCUGGCAGCUCCAGGUUCAAGAAGAAGAAGUGAGAGACAAGAUGGUAGCCUGGAGCUGCAUUUGUCUGCCCUUAGUCUUUGUGUUGAUUGUGUCAUGUUUCAGCUCUUUUGUUCAUUAAAGACAUUUUAAAUAAAGCUUCAGUCUGUUCGAAAA